AUGGCUUUUCCAAAUUGUCAAACCCAAGCCUCUACUACAGUGGCACUGAUGAAACCCUUUCAGUGGUAUGUGAAUUGGGUGCGUGCGAAUCCGGAAAACGCCAGCAGUCUUGAACGGCUCUCGCGCACGGGUUCUCUUAUUUUCUGUAAUCAUAGCAACCUACUUAGCAUGGAGUUCUUCUCCGCGCUAUUUAAGGUUCACAAGUUCUCGAAUCAGACAAUUAUGCAAACGGCCUAUCGCCGUGUGACGUGCUCGGAGGUCAUUAUCUAUCUAUUACAGGUCAUCCAGGAGGUGGAGUGCCUCUUUGAGCUGACCUUGCGGAAGUACACCUCCCACACCCGGGCGUGGGACGCCCUGGCCGCGCUGCAGGCCCUCAAAUGCCUCCUCAACGCGUGCGUGCACCGCCAGCUCUUCCUCGUGCCGUGGAUGUGGGCCUCCAUUAAGCGAUCGGUGAAACGCGUCCUGGGGAUGGUGCUGCGGCUUCCACGUCGGCUGCUGCUCAAAGAGGCCCCUGGCGAGGGCGCCGGCGAGGCUAAAAAGGCGAAGGUGGCGUCAAGGAGCGUCAUGGGGAGCGUUCUCGGGCCGAACGCCACCCGACUGGUGAUCCCACGCGUCAUCUCGGGGCGGCGGCGCCGCGCCGACAGCGCGUCGGAGCAACGAGGCGAGGAGUCCGACAGCGACGACGGCGGUGCGGAGGUCCCGUUCACGUGGAUUGAUAUUUUUGGCCUGGUUAUUGAUGGGUUUAUGUUGUUAAGGCCGCUGCUGCUCGUAUGCGUCGCGCGUCGUUGCUUUCUCAAGGGCUCCCCAGGCGAUCAUGUCGCCCGUCUAACGCAGCACCAGGAUCCGUCCAAGCACGCCAAUGGUUUGGUCGAGGAUUCGGAAAAGCCGGACCCCGACGCCGCGGACAAAGCACCCGGUAGCAAAUCCGCAGACCCGGAGUGGAUUAUUCGAGCGACGAUGGCCGCCACCCCAUUUGAGACGCUCUUUCCAAGUUGGCGGUGGUGGGCCGUCUUCGCGUUCCUGGAUGGCUUCGUGUUGCUAGCGGCGCGAUUCAUCCGGGUGAAUCGAGUUCCCGUGGUCUAUAUCCACUCCACACCAGAGAAUGACGGCGUGGAGAGGAUACGGGCGACCUCCGAGAGGAGUCACCACGGCAAUGAUUCUGCCGUGGAGGAGGAAGGGGCGGAGUCUAUUGAGGAAGUUGGGAACCCGCCAGGGGCACGGAUGGACUUCGUCUAUGAUCUGCCCGUCGUUUCACGUGAUAGCCUUCGCUCACAACAGGCCCUACGGAAUUUGGCCUACAACUUCCUACGUGACCCCUUCUUUACGGCGUCUAUUAAGGAGUUUAUCUAUCGGCAUUUCAUAAAGGGCUUCAUUAACAGAAUUCCCAUCCUGGGCUCCCUCGUGGCCUUCCAAGUAUCUUAUUAUCUUGCUAUGCAGCACCAUAGCUUUUUGUACUCCGUGGGACAAUAG